GCGCAGUUAAAAACUCAAAUUUAUUAAAAAAAAACCUCCUCCUAAUUACACAUUAUCCCCAAAUUUAACAAAGAGGGAGGACAAGAGGCAAUGGCUUCUCCUGGUAGCAAUGUCAAGAAAGCCGUGGUAGCUUUCUUAUCACCGCUUCCCUCAAUCCUCUUCUACCACUCUUUCCUCCGGCACCAUUACAGUGAAGAAGAAUCAACUCUCUGGGAAUGGUGCUAUCAUCACCCUCUCCUACUUGCCCACAUUUGCUUCUUUUUGAAUGUCAACCUCCUCUUCUGGAUCAUCGCUCUUUUCCAAUCCAGCCACUGGAUGAUUGAUUUGUACUGGACGGUGAUUCCUCUGUUGCUGGUGCACUACUACCGGAGCCACCCGUCGGGAGACUACAACGCUUGGAGGUCGCUGGUGGUUGUGUUGCUGACGUGGGUAUGGAGUAUUAGGCUGACACACAGCUACUUCCGCCGCGAGAACUGGCAGUGGGGCGCCAGGGAGGAUUGGCGAUUCACUGAUAUGAACCGCAAGUACGGCAAGAAUUGGUGGUGGAUGUCCUUCUUUGCUGUUUACUUAUCUCAGCAGGUAAAGCUUUUUUGUAGCCGUCUAACUGUUCGCUGAAUUGCCUCUGAAAUUUUGGAAGUUGCGGAGACACAGACCAGGUCAAUGAGGAGCUACAUAUGGCCCUGGUUGGUAACCUACUGAUCAUAGUCCCAGGACAGGGAAGUAAUUUGACCAUUAAACUUGAAUAACAGACUCAUAUGACCAUAUCUAUGAAAUUCGAUUAUAAGGGAGAUCCUUAUCAAUGGCUAAGUUGCUAUUGGGAUAGAUUUGUUGAUGACAUCUAUUAAUCAACUGUGAUUAUGUGUUGAUGAGGUAUGUAUAACAAAUUUAGGUUUAAUGCUCCAAACACACACAAACACAAACACUGAAACACACACACAUAUUUGGGCAUUAAUCCAUAUCUUUGAGGUCUAAUACUAAUAUUAUUAGUGUUUUUUAAACGGAGUAGUAUUUAAGUCUCUUUUCAAAUUUAUGUGCAAUUUUAAUAGUAAAAAUAAGAUACGUGUUUCCCCAACCAUUAAAUAUUUCAUUCCAAGGUAUUACUUACAUGAUUAAUUAUAGGCUAGCACAAACGAGUCAAACACAUUUUUUGUCACGAUGAUCAUGGACUAUUCUGUUGAAAAUUUAUGUAUCAGAUGGAUGUUUCAUGCAUUAAACCCUAAAUUUCAUUAAUAUUAGUGUUGAGUAUCCCACGUAUAUCUAUAUCAUUUAUUGUUCAUUAGGUUUAUGUCUAUUACAUAAAAUGUCAUGUGAGGAUUCUCUUGAGAGGAGUUAUUCUCAACUUAUUUUGGUAUCAAAUACUGGUCUAGUGGUGGUUUAUUGGUGCCCAUCCACUGAUCCACGUGGUAGUUUGGAGCAAUCUGUCUAGGGGCCAGCUUGGGCAUAUUUGUAAACCCUCUCAUUUGUGCACCACUUGAUGGAUAGUAUAUAAGUGAGGUAACUUAAAUAGAUUUUUCAAGGAUGAAUUAUAUCCAAUUUAGGAUUGAGUAGUGGGUAUCUGAGUAUCCGACUAGUAGUUUGUCAAAGGUGGAUGUGUUAAUUCUCAUGCCGAUGAGUUGGGGGUUGGGUGAUGGAUUUAGGGUCCAAGGUCUCCCACCCAACCCGCUCCAUUCUCAUCCUUCUUGACUAUUAGUAACCCACGAAUAUUUUGGAGUUUAAAAUUUCAAAUCGGUACUAGGUUUUGUUACCAACUUCAAAUGAUUCCUACUUAUGAGUUGUGAACUUUGUGGCGUAUAUGUAAUUUUAACCAUUCAGGUCUUUAUAAUGGGAAUAUGCAUGCCCAUGUACAUUGUACACUCGGAGAACAAGCCGUGGAACAUGUGGGACUUUGUUGCCAUAUCCAUUUGUUCGUCUGGCAUCGCAAUUGCGUAUUAUGCAGAUACACAACUCCACAAUUUUGCCAGCAGAAACAAAAGUUCGAAUGAGCAAAAGGUUCCAAAUCUCCUUCUCGAUACAGGUCUGUGGCGGUACUCCCGCCAUCCAAACUACUUUGGUGAGCAGCUAUGGUGGUGGGGACUCGCCAUAUUCGCAUGGUGUAUGGGUGGUGUUUGGGUUUUUCUUGGCCCUCUCAUAAACAGCUUGUGCUUGGCAUAUGUCACUAUUCUCGUAGAGAAACGAAUGAUUAAACAGGCUCACAGAGCUGAAGCUUAUAGACUCUACCAGAAGACAACUUCAGUUUGGAUUCCAUGGUUUAAGAAGUCAUCAUCCACCAGCGUAAAAGAUAAGAACUCUUAAUACACUGAACCUGCACUUUUAUUUGUUGUACUUUUUUUACUCAUAUUGGGAUUUUACUGACAGAACCCCAAUACUGAAGAAAGACUUCUUCAAAUUGUAAUGAGAACGGAGAUUGGAAUUGAUGAGCUCAAUGUACAAUUUGAUACCAGCGUCAUUACAUAUAAAUAUAACAUUUGACCUUUUAUGGUUUUA